AAUGGCUGAACGGGAGAUUAGUUGACAAAGUCAGCUGGCUGCGUGUGGAGCGGCUUCCUCUGGUUUUCUACAGCUGAAAACAAACUGUCUUGUCUCAGAAGAACCACACACCAACGAGAAGAUCCCACACUACUGUGGUGGCCACCUUCCCAAGUGAUCAUGAUCAAGUUUCUUCUAAUGGUCAAUAAACAGGGGCAGACUCGCCUGUCAAAAUACUACGAGCAUGUAGACAUUGGAAAAAGGGCCGUCUUGGAGGCGGACGUGGUCAAGGGCUGCCUGUUCCGCAAGAAAGAAGAGUGCUCAUUUGUGGAGUACAAGGAUUAUAAACUGGUAUAUCGGCAGUAUGCAGCUCUUUUCAUUGUGGUUGGCAUCACUGACAAUGAAAAUGAGCUCUCUAUUUAUGAGCUAGUCCACAACUUUGUAGAAGUGCUCGACAAGUACUUCAGCCGUGUGAGUGAACUGGAUAUUAUGUUCAAUUUGGAUAAGGUGCACAUCAUUCUGGAUGAGAUGAUCUUAAAUGGACAUGUUGUGGAGACCAACAAGAACCGCAUCCUGGCUCCACUGCUGGCCUUAGACAAGAUGGCAGAAAGCUGACAGCCACACAGUUCAUGAAAAUAUGGGGAUUAUUUGAACAAAAUGAAGACUGUGCUCUCAAUCACAGGGAUAAAGGCCUUUGGGGGUCUUGUAUUAUUUGCAUGCUAUUAUUAAUAUUGGACUGAGCUACAUGUACUAUGUAUGAGUUUUAUGCAUGAUCUUUACAUGAUGAAUUGUUUACAAUAUAAAACUAAUUGUUUAUGUAGUUCUAGCUAUAUUUGCCAUGUGCAGUUGUUCUCCUUGCAUUAGUUAUGAUUUACUGGUUCUACCUGACAUGCAAGUAGCAAGAGACCAGAGACACCACAGAACACACAACACUAUUCAUACUUUGCAAACAUUUUAAUGAUUAUUUUGGAGCAUACACAUUUGAAAAUAUCUGUUUACUUCAAACUGCAACUUGAGUUAAAUAAAUGUUUAUAAUAUACAAAGAAAAUACAAGGAGAAGCAUAGCUUGCUUUUUCUUUUUUUUGUUUAAAUGUGCCUCGCACACAGAACCAGUGUUUUUUUUCCUCUAUAGCUUUAUUGUAAAAUUACACAAAUGCACUCAGGGACUUUAAUCCUUUUAGCAGGAUGAUGAACAACUGAAACAUACACAGUAACGGAAGAGGGAGGGAGGGAGGGAGGGAGGGAGGGAAAACAAAACAAAAAAACAAACAAAAAGAAAGCAUGUGCAUGAUUGUAUGCUGAAAGAUUAAGCAAAACAAAAGGGGCAAAAAAAUGCUAAUACUUCAAAUAAUGCAGGCACUAGUAAAACUUAAAA